AUGUUAAUAUUGCCUGGCAAUCGUAUUGCAGUAAGCUACUCCGAAGGAAAUCACGGAGGAUUUCUUGAUAUAUAUUCUCUUGAAAAAGGCAAAAAGACUUUUAAAGCACCUGAACUUAGUUUGAAAUACUCAGAUUUCAGAGAUUUAUCUCCAUCCGGUUGGACAUUGGAUUCCGGUGCGCUCUCCUUCUCUCCACAAGGGAAUCUUCUUGUGGCGGGUUCGACGGUGGGAAAUGGUGAUUUAAUGGAACUGUGCAUGGACUGGGAAAACUUAAAAGCCCUUGGAACGCGUGACUUUUUUCUUUCUGACCAUGAAGAUCGUUAUUAUAAAAUUGAAAUGCUAUGCUGUUCUGUUGAUUCUGUGAUUCUGACAAGGGAGUUCGAUUCUAAAAAAGGAGAAUUAAAUGGCAUUAAAUGUAGAAAACUGUGUUUUGAAGACUUAAACGAAGGAAACAAAGAGGAAGAUAAGAAAGAAGAAGGAAUUGAAGCUCAAGAACAAGCAUUUAUCAGCUAUUAUAUGCUUGAUGGAGAAGAGAACCAGAUCGAUAAUUUGAGAGGAUUCAUUCAUGAUGGGCAAAACCUGAUUAUUGCAAAUGGAGAUAAAAUUGUGUUGUUGGAGUCAUUAACAGAAGGCAGCAAUGCACAUCUCAUUGUAUCAGGUUUAAAACCUGCUGAAGAAGAUUCACCAGAUGACAUUGGGCUAAAUUUGAAUCAUAAAGGACAGUUAAUGGUGUGUGAUGAUAAAGCAUUUAUAAAGGUUUUCGAAUAUAAGUGCUGUCCAAGGUCUCUACAAGAUAUCUGCAGAUGUAUCAUUGUGGAUACAAUUCAUACUGGUUACAGUGAUAAAGUUAAAAAAUUGACAAUUCCAUCCACUCUGAAAGAUUACCUGCUGUACAAGUAA